AUGGCCCACAAGGUUAACCGCACGAGGCAUGGAAAAUGCACCCCGACCAUGCGGCAUGGCGGCGCAUUCCUUACAAAGAGGGGCGUUGGCGCAUGCAGACGCCGCAGUGAUCGAACACAAUCCCCACCAUCGACUGCAGGCUCAGCGGGGGAAACAAGCAGACCCCCUAUAGUUAUUACACAGCAAGGCUCGCUACGUGGGGCCUUGGGUCCCCCUGGUAAACAAGUCGGCACAUCUGACGACAUAUGUUUGGGCGGGGUCGGCAACUGGGCUAUGCCCCCAUGGGCCUGUCUGGACAGCUGGCAGGAUAAGGGGCAACUUUUUCAAGGGCAUAGCAUUUUGCGACGUACCCAUCGCACGCGGGUGACCGAUAAGAACGAUGAAAGAAGGUUACCGUGA